GUCGGUUUGCAGUCGGCACGAUGUGGGCGCGCGCCGUCUCUCUGGCGCUGGCGACCGUCGCACUCGCGGGAGCCUCCGACGUCCUCUAUGAGAUAUCCGGUAGGGUCCAGUGCUGUGCUGUGCUGUGCUGUGCUUGUAAACAACAUAACUAGGCAGCUCGACGCCCUGUCUCUAAAAAUAUAACGUUCCUUUCUAUUUUAUGUAAUAGUGCCGGCGGCUGUGUGAUCUGAUAGUCAGUUGGCUUUAUACAAAUGUAUAGUUAAAACUAUAAUUUUAUUUUGUUAUGUUUUAACUUGCUAACUAACUUUAACAAGUGGAGUGAAAUAAUUCAAUAAAAGUGCAACCAACACGCGUAAUACUGUAAUUGUCACAAAACGCAUUCUCGAUGGAGAGUUGGGUGGUGCAUGCGACGCCGCGUCGGUGCGAGACUCGACCACUCUGUUACUUAAGUUGUGGUUAAUUUUAGAACAAUAAUUGCUUAUUUGGCAAAAAACAACUUUACACAAUAGUAUUAAAAUUCUACCUAUAUCUCUUAUAUUCUUCAAAAAUUAAUAUUUUAACAAAUGCAAGUAUUCUGUGCUGAAGGCAUGCAUGGUCCCAGAUGAACAAUACUAUGAGAUGCCAACGCUGUUCCACCUGGACGAGUAUGAGAGGUGCUUGGCGACGCGCGGCGUCUACUGCACUGGGAGCUUUGAACUCUCGCCACAAGGACCCCACCAGCUAUUCCAGCUUAUGCAGCGCUAUGCAGCCAACUGGGUGGACAACUUCAAUCACACUCGGCUGCACCGGGGCCUGUGCGUCUCGCAGAGAUGUAGGCAGCUUGCUCCACAGCAACAUCCGGGUCAAGGAGAACACAAUGCUGCUCUCGCUGAAUGGUUCGAGAGCUGCGUCAAUGAAAGCACAAUGCUUUCAUAUAACCUAUCCUCGCGGCUGUACCAGCUCGAGUACUGCCGAAGAGGAGAAGUCAAUCCUGAUGGCUUAUCUACCAACGAGCGCGCGUUCGCCGGAUUUGUGGCCAUUCUGCUCGCCCUCUGCGCAGUUUCCACUGUGCUUGAUUUAACACUGUCAGAUCACGCGAAGAAAGGUGCUGCAUGGGCGCUCUCAUUCUCAAUUCCCGGUUGUUGGCGCUCGUUACUUGCUCCACCACCCUGCUCUUCGGAGACUGACCUUCGCGCGUUUGAUGGGCUCAGGGUCCUCUGCAUGAUGUGUGUCAUAAUAGAACACGUGUGCUGGAUCACAACGCACACUUUUCUGGCCGACACCAGGAGAUAUGAACAGACCCGUCGAGCCCUGGAUGCAAUGCUGAUGGCGAACAGCACGCUCGUGGUGCAGAUUUUCUUCAUGAUGUCUUCCUUCCUGCUCGCACACAAGCUGCUGCAGCAGAGACGACGGGGAGAGCAGGUGCCUGUCGUGCGCACUUUCUUCGAUACUAUGAUUAACAGGAUCAUAAGAGUGAGUCCUAGUUACUUCGUGGUGGUUUGGUUCGCUGCGAGCUGGUGGAGCCGCGCCGGGUCGGGCCCCAUGUGGACCCCGCUCAUCGAGGCCGAGGUCAACAUCUGCAGGAGCAAGUGGUGGACUCAUCUGCUGUACUUGAAUAAUAUUGUCUACGCAAACGACAAAUGUCUCAUACAGACUUGGUAUUUAGCAGCAGACAUGCAGCUGUACGGCCUGUCUCUGCUGCUGACCCUGGCGCUGUGGCGAUGUCGGAGAGGCGCCAUCUACGUGUUGACGGCCUUACUGGCGGGCUCCAUCGCCUUGCUGUUCGGCCUCGCCUACACGUGGAGACUGGUGCCGACUUUUGUGAUGCAUCGACCAGAAUCAGUUCGAACAACAUACAGCACGGAGCCCUCGUUCAAUGUCCUAUAUCAGUCACCUCUGGGCAACGUGCCGGGAGCGCUGGCAGGCUUGCUGCUGGCACAUCUGCAUCAUCAGCUCUUGGACUCUCGCAUCGUGCUCAGCAAAUAUAAGUGGUUCCGCUGGUCGGCGGUGUCGUCGGUGUGCGUGUCGGCGUGGUGGGUGGCGGCGAGCCCGCUGCUGCUGGGCCGGGGUGCGCCGGGGCGGGGCGGGGCGGCCGCGCUCGCUGCACUCGAGAGACCCAUCUUUGCGUUCUUCGUGGGCGUCGCCUUGUUGGGAGCCAUGCAUGGAGUACCUUCCCCGAUAGGUAGUUUCUUGUCGUGGCGCGGGUGGGGCUGCGGGGCGCGGCUGUCGUUUGGCGCGCUGCUGCUACACCUGCCACUCAACAAGUCGCUGGUGGCGGCGCGCCUCGCACCCACACAGCUUGACAGACAAUCUGCAAUCCUAGAAUGGUUCGGCGUGGCCUCAGUGUCAUAUCUAGCAGCCCUGCCCCUCGCGCUCUGUGUGGAGCUUCCCGCCCAGCGACUGCACCGCGCGCUCUCAGCACUCCGCCGCCGGUCACACGCCCAGUCGGAUGCAGCACCGCACGAUACGCGACAAAAGACUGACUUGUAGUUCACGCCGCAACCAAUAACUUAACAACUAUCAAUACCUACCCUGUGGUUAUAAUUUUAACUGUUUAGCGACCUUCAAAUAAGUACGUCAAUAAUGAGUUAACAUUCGCUAAACUUCAGUGGAAAACAUAAUCAUUGCAUGGCAAUCUCAAAACACUAAAGUGCGCUCUACACUCUUGCCGAGACGUCUGGGCCAAAUGUUUUGCCGAGACAUGACGAGAUCGAGAGCGGCCCUCCACAUUCCCACUCACGCAUGGCCCGUUCAGAACUCGUACAGGAUGGACUUAUUAGAAACUUCUGCCUACUACAAUUAUAUGUUAGUAAAAGAAAAAAAGUCAUAAAGCGCCGUUUCUUAAAAGGUUAACUCGAGAUCGUGCGUCCAUUUCGUUUAUUGCCGGCGGAAUAAUCGAAACUAUUCGAGACGGGAGUGUGGAGUGGAGGGCUGUCUCGCGCAAACACAAAACUCUUUGAUAGUAUCAACAUGAACCCGAGAGGCGAGACUACACAAAUGUAGGCAAGACUUGUCGAAUAGGGCCUAUAAACUUCCGUAUUCGGCUAGUCUCGUGUAGUUUUACCUAGAAUGAGUGCGCUUAACCAACAGCUAUGGUUAAUGACAUAAAAUGGCGCUACUAAAUGGUACUAAACCUUAACGGUGAUAUGUGUUGUGGGUUAGUGUUGUAGUUUAAUAAAGUUUUCAGAAAUUGUAGUAUUUUUAAAUGUUAGUGUUUUUACACUUUAUUUUAAAAUUAUGUAUAUAUUUGUGUAAUACAGUAACUUCAAUGUAAGGUAAGGCUCACGACUUCUUCGACUAACGCUGUACAUUUACGGAGCCCUCAGUUUUGCCGUGUAAGCUAGUUUCAUUUGAAACCAUUGCGUAGGACCACCGCAACAGCUGUGUAUAUGUAAACUUUCGAACGAAAAUCACUCGUCGCACCGUAUCCAUAAAUAUAUUAUGGUCAGGUAGUCUUUAAAAAUACACUUUUGCACACAUCGGCGAAAGGCACCAAGUACCCAUUCAUAUGGAUGGGAGAAAGGAAUUCGAACAUUUCGUCGGCAUGUUAUCUAUAUACCACGUCAAGGUUAUGUGAAAGUGUAGUUUUCCGUAACAAUGGGUUAUUUUAUUGACUUAAAGGAAGCCUGUGUCGCUCUCCUAACAUACAAUUAUCACUUUAAAAAAAUCAUAUCAUUUCGUUGCUUCUUUUUGUCGUGAAAGAAGGGCAAACACUUUUGUAUCAAUAAUAUUAGGAUGUAUAAAUAGGACGUGUUGCGAUAUAUUAUCGCGCCAUGGCGCUAAUGCUUUAACAAAAUAAUGUGUUAAAUUAAAAUCAAUAUAAACCAUUGACUUUCUCUUAAAAUGAUUGAACUAAUAUUUUUAACUGUUACUAGUUUGAAAUAUCGGGUAGACAUAAGAAGGGUUUGACAACUUUGAUGAUACAAUUGAUGUUUUAAAAAUAUUUUGUAAAUUAUAUUAAAGUUGAGAAAUAUAACUAGGAACGCUCGAUUUUUGUGGCCAUCGAAAUUUCCUACCGCAACAGUAUCGCAACUUACACAUCAGCGAACAUGCAUUAUUGUAUAUAUUUUAUCUUGGCGAGUGGGGCCAUCAACUUCAUGUAACUUUAACCAUUAUUUACUUUACUGGUUACUGUACCCUGUGAUCACUCAAGAUUAACUGAUUUUGCGGUAGGCAGCGGCUUGGCUCUGCCCUUGGCAUUGCUGAAGUCCAUGGGCGACGGUAACCACUCACCAUCAGGUGGGCCGUAUUGGGCGACGGUAACCACUCACCAUCAGGUGGGCCGUAUGCUCGUCUGCCUACAAAGGCAAUAAAAAAAUAAAAAAAAAGAUUAACAGACAAAUCUUUCAACAAAGUGGCUGAUUCAGCACCCAUCUGUUUAAAGCUGCAUUCCACCAGCCCACCACCACGGUUCCUAUUGCGUAUUAGAUUCAAUAGAAGCGGAGGGGAAUGUGUAACUAAAAUUGGACAGCUCUGCAACAGCUGGUGCUGAGGUGCUGAUGUGCAGUGUGAGCUUGUAUGGUUAGACACCACUGUCCUGUGCGUCUGUACAGUGAAGCCGUCAUGACUUCUAUUAUUAUACUAUCUCAGAAGCAGUAGUGGCCAGUGGAAUUUGACUAAUAAUAAUUAUAGUUAGUUGACACUGCGUGUCUCAUAAAUAAAAACACUAGUUAUUAUCCAAA